UUCUCCUAGAACAAGAUACCGGAACUAAAACACAGUAAACUACUUAAAACGCCCUGCUAAUGACGGAAGCCAAAGAGGUGAUUUCAAUGGCUUCUCCGUGCUCCUCUCUCUCUCCUCCCGAAGUUCCAAUGCAACUUCACGUAAUCAAUCGCGAAAAACUCGUCAAAUCUCUUCAACAACACCUUGCUGAUUCUGGUCGUCCAAUCCAAGGCCUCGUCCUUCUCCAGGGCGGAGAAGAAAAGACUCGAUAUUGUACUGAUCAUUCCGAACUUUUCCGGCAGGAAAGUUAUUUUGCUUAUUUAUUUGGAGUGAGGGAGCCCGGCUUCUAUGGAGCUAUUGAUGUUGCCACAGGGAAAUCUAUCCUGUUUGCUCCACGUCUCCCAAAAGAGUAUGCUGUUUGGAUGGGGGACAUAAAACCACAGUCUUAUUUCAUGGAAUGCUAUAUGGUUAACCUGGUCUCUUAUGUGGAUGAGAUGGAAGAAGUUCUAGUCAGUCAAUAUGACGGAGAAGAUAAAUGUGUGCUAUAUCUGUUGCAUGGGCUAAAUACAGACAGUGGCAAUUUCUCAAAACCAGCAGAAUUUAAGGGGAUUGAGAAUUUUGAAACAGAUUUAAGUACAUUGCAUCCUAUAUUGACUGAGUGUCGUGUCUUGAAGUCAAAGCUGGAGCUUGACGUUAUCCAAUAUGCAAAUGAUAUAAGCUCAGAAGCUCAUGUUGAGGUAAUGAGAAAUACAAAAGUGGGGAUGAAAGAAUAUCAAAUGGAAAGCUUGUUUCUCCAUCACACCUAUAUGUAUGGUGGCUGUAGGCAUUGCUCAUACACAUGUAUUUGUGCAACAGGUGAAAAUAGUUCUGUUCUUCACUAUGGGCAUGCAGCGGCUCCAAAUGAAAGGACUUUUAUGGACGGAGAUAUGGCGUUGCUUGAUAUGGGAGCUGAAUAUCAUUUCUAUGGUUCUGACAUAACAUGUUCAUUUCCUGUAAAUGGAAAGUUCACUGCUGAUCAGCGUCUUAUAUACAAUGCUGUCCUGGAUGCUCACAAUUCUGUCAUAGCGGCAAUGAGACCUGGAGUGAGUUGGUUAAAUAUGCACAAACUUGCAGAGAAAAUCAUACUUGAUGGUCUAAAGAAGGGGAACAUCAUCACUGGGGAUAUUGAUGAUAUGAUGUCUCAAAGGCUUGGAGCUGUUUUCAUGCCUCAUGGUCUUGGCCACUUGCUGGGCAUCGACACCCAUGAUCCAGGAGGCUAUCCUAAGGGACUGGAGCGGCCAAAAGAGCCUGGGUUAAAGUCUCUACGUACAGCUCGAGAACUGAAGGAGGACAUGGUAAUCACAGUGGAGCCUGGAUGCUACUUCAUCAGUGCUUUACUAAUUCCAGCAAUGGAAAAUUCAGACACUUCAAAGUUCUUCAAUCCUGACACUAUAAGGAGAUUUAUGGUCUUUGGUGGUGUUCGAAUUGAAAGUGAUGUGCACGUCACCUCAACUGGCUGCAAGAACAUGACAAAUGUUCCUCGGGAGACAUGGGAGAUUGAAGCUGUGAUGGCAGGGGGGAAAUGGCCACCAGAAAAGGGUCUUUAUUAUUCAGAUAAUGGAUUUGGAAAUCCUCAUUCAUGAAGGUAUGUUGAGAUGUGCCAACAGAGAGGAAGUGCACGAUAGUUUCCAAGGUUUAUACACAUGGAUGCUGACAUUUGCAAAAGUAGAAUGACAGAUUUUAGUGUGCUUAUAUCUAGAAAAAUUGUGUUGAUUCUAGCUUGUCAAUAAAGUAGAGUUUCUGAUCCCCUCUCUCUUUGUAAUAAUAAGAGCAUUGAUCAUUUGAGAAAUGUAAUACAAGUUCAAGGGGAUGUGAGCUUUCUAUGUCCUGUCCUAUAAUCAGGGAAAAUUUUACUAUAAUCAUAAAAGUGUGAGCAAAAAUGACACCGUUUCAUGGCGUUUUGUGUUACUUCA